GCGCGGCUCCACCAACGCCCCUUAAAGGCGCCGCGGCUGCCUCCUAAGCCCCGGCGGACCAAUUCCUCCGUUCCGGCCCCCACCCGCAGUAUGGAGUCGUCUCGGGGGCGGCCCGGGUCGGAGGCUGACCUUCUAGCUCCAGCGGAACAGCAGGCCGCAAUUUUCUGCGGUGGGCCGGGUGGAACGCCCUCUAAACCACCCUCAGGCCUGAGGGUGUCUGGGGAGGAAGAGGCCAAGAACGUUGGGGGCGCGAGCCGCCAACCCAGGUCGUCCCCGAAGACUUCGAGCAGCAGCAUAGUCCGCCGGCUGGAACCGGAGGCUUGGAAAAACGAGCCCGGCCCCCGAGCGACGCGGCCUGGGAGCCGGAGCCGCCGCGGGGAGCCAGGUUCCGAGUACGACCCGAACCUGUCCUCCCGACACAAGGAUCCUAAGCCGUCGGAGGACAAGCCUGCAUCCGAGAGGAUCGACCGUCGAGGGAGCCCGGGAGGCGUCGAAAUGAAUGUGGAACAGCCGCAGCAGGAAGAGGAAGACAUUGACGAGGAGGCGGCAGCGGCCGGCAGGGCUAGCCGCUCGUUCUCCAGCCGCCUUCAGGACAGCCGCAGUCUGGACGGGCUCAGUGGGGCGUGCGGAGGCGCGGGGUCCGCAGGGGGUGCGGAGUCCGGCGCGGGCAGCGGACGCCGUGCCACUAUUUCCAGUCCCCUGGAGCUCGAGGGCACUGUGAGCCGCCACGGAGACCUCACUCACUUUGUCGCCAACAACCUGCAACUCAAGAUCCGUCUGAGUGGCGUCGCUCCGCCCCUUCCCCCUGCUCCAGUGCGUCCCUGCCUAGCACCGGCACCCACUCCUACCAUCCCGCCCAUCGACCCUGACGUGCUGCGGGAUCUGGAACGGCUGAGUCGCGAUCUGGGCAGCCGGGUGGACCGCCUGCUUCGCGGGCUGGGUGGUGCGGUGCAGGAGCUGACAGCGCUGAGCGUGGGCUGCAUUCAGACCUACCGCGAUGCGGUGGACUCCUUAGGCGAAGCCGUGGACAUGAGUAUUAAGGGCAUGUACACCCUGCUGGCGCGAUGCGAGGAGCUGGAGAGGGCUCUGCAGCCGGUUCAGGGGCUGGCGCGCCAAGUCCGAGACAUCCGACGCACUCUGGAGGUGUUGGAGGCCCUGUGCAAGUGACCUGGAGAGAUGAGAGGCGGGGCCUAGUCCUGGCAGGGCCCAGCUGGAUCCUAAGGACUCUUCCAGGAGCCUUGGUGGGAACUGCCCGCUGUGGGAAGACCUGGGUGUUGGAGGUUCUUCCAAAUGCGUUUAGCUGGCCCGUGCCCUCUCGAAGGGUCUUAGGGAGGUGUAUAUGGGGGAAGUUCUCCUGGUGGGAUGGGAUGUUGCCUUGCUUCUAUUCAGUUGGCCAUCUGUAGCUACCCUGUUCUUUCCAACUCUCCUCCCUAGCUAGAAAACCAAGCCUGGGAACCCAGAGUCUUAGUCUCGGUUUCAGAGUGGGAACAUGAAUCCCAUACAAGAUCACAAAAAGGGAACAGAGGAGACCCAGCCCCAUUGUGGCCAUCCUGACUCUGGUGGCCACAUCUCAGGUUUCAGGGGCUUUGGGAGCUUGAGUGGCCCCUGGCCACACACCAUGCAGGCAAGAAUGGAUACCUGCAGAUGUUUAACCAGCUGCUUCUGCCCUUUGGUUCCCUACAAAACCACUUCCCCAGCCAGAACUGGGGUGGUGUGAAGAGGAAUACAUUGCAUGGUGGAGGGUGAAGUGGGAGGUGUCUCACUGCUCUCAGGGUUCAGGUCCAAUUGUUGCUGGUAUUGAAGUCCACCUGUUGUGGAAUGUUCUGAUCCGUUUUGGCUUUCUGAGUUUUUGUGGAAUUAAAGUGCUGCUGCUGCUAA